UAAAAGGUUAAGGUCUGUUUAACAAAUUAUGAACGAGUGUUAGAUUAUUUUAUAGAGAAAUGUGACGGUUUAAAUAAAAUUUAGAAUGCUAAAAAAUAAUGAUAGUAUUAAAAUGCUGAUUUUGAUUUGGGAAGUAAAACAUACGUGUCGUAAUAUAAAUGGUGACAGUACACGUCAUUGUACGAUGAUGUCGACACGCCCAUCGUUUACUAUUCCACCCACUCUAGUCCCAAGAAAACAAUUUUGAAUAUUUCCGUUUCUUAUAGUUUAAUCCUUAAUAAUUUCCCAAGUUUUUUGAACAUAAUAAUUUCCCAAGUUUAUUUUAAAGAUGUUUGCUUCUGCUAUCGAUUCUUAAUUUUACCAAAAACAGAUAAAGUCAUGGUCAUUUCUUUAAUCAGAACCUAGGACUAACUUGUUCUUUUUCUUCUUUAAUUAUUAUUUUCUCUGUUGUAUUGUUCAUCAAUUAUUAGUCCAACUAGCAAUAGCAUCACCAAAAGAAGAACAUAAAAAAUCUCUUCUUCCUUUUUCCUUUUCUCUGUCCAAUUAAUCAGAACAAAAAGCAAGCUUAGAAUUUAGGGUUUGUGGCUCUUGUACAACCAGAUAGAGGAAGAUGGUGAGAGGAAAGAUCGAGAUCAAGAAGAUCGAGAACAGGACAAGUAGACAAAUCACAUUCUCGAAGCGAAGGAACGGUCUCUUUAAGAAGGCUCAUGAGCUAUCUGUUUUAUGUGAUGCACAAGUCGCCGCCAUUGUCUUCUCUCAGAGCGGAAGAUUAUACGAAUUCUCUAGCUCCGAGAUGGAGAAGACGAUAGAAAGAUAUGGCAAGUUUAGUCCUGACUACUUUGUGUCAGGGAGGCCCCAAGAAGAACUAUACUUGCUGGAGCUUAAGAAGGAAAUGGAUAUAAUGGUAAAGAAGAUUGAUCUCCUUGAAGUUCAUCAACGGAAGCUAAUGGGGCAAGGUUUGGGUUCAUGUUCACUGGCACAACUUCAAGGGUUGGAUACUCAGAUUGAGAAAAGCCUUCGAAUUAUCAGAUCAAGAAAGGAGAGAGAACUCUUGGACCAGAGAAGAAGGUUACGUGAAGAGGAAAUCAGAGAAACCCUGGUACGGCCAAUGCUGCCAGUAACCUUACACACUGGGAAAGAUGAAACCGGAAGUGCCUGCAGAAUGUCCAAACAUUCAUCAGAAGUCGAGACCGAUCUAUUUAUUGGAUUUCCCGUUACUCGACUAUAAUACAUUUCAGACAUUCCUUUAGUCUGCUCAUAGUAAGAAAUUUUUUUGCUGAUAGUCUUAUAACUUUGAUUCGAUGUUUGUACUAAUAAUUAGCUUAUAAUUUUCUUUGCGUUUUGGCCAUCUCUUGUGUGUAAACUGGAAAUAAUUUGACAUGUAUAAGUUGUCACUUAAAUUUUUCCUUUUGGAAUUAUUGUGACAUUUUUUUCUGGAAAAA